AUGUCCACACCAAACAACACACCCCCAUACACACCCAUGCCCUCCCUGGGCCACGAGCUAGGCGUCAUGUUCGGUUUCAUCGUCGCCUGUCUGCUAAUCAUGGCGGUAUACAUCUAUUUCUGGCGGGGUAUGGCAAUCAAUCCCACCCACCAACCCCACAUUCCAUAUUCCAUACUCCAUACUCCACGUGCGAGUUUGAAAUCAGAAGGGAACUUGGCUAAUAGCAAUAUCAAUGAAGCCGCGGACCGCCGCGACAAGCAGCGCGAUAAGGAUCGGCAGAGGGAGCUUGCUCAGCGGGCGUUCCGGUAUGAGCGGUUCCCGGGAGUUGGAGGUCCAAGGGAGAAGAUGCGUAGGGAGAUUGGGGCGCUGGGAGGGGCUGGAGGUACCGAGAUGAGAUGA